UCUCAUACAUCACAUUUGUAGUACUUCAGCCAACACUCAGAAGAACCUUCUAAUAGCGCUCUUUAUCUUACCUACCUACUACCUCUUUAGAACGUACCAUUGUCUGUACUUGUAUAUGACAAGCUAGAUAACUAUUAUCAUAUAUGAUAAGAAGAGUUACUCAAAGUCCAUAAGAAUAUUGUAGGACAAUUUUCUGUUUCUACUAAGUUAUCUUGAGUACUUAAUUACUAGCUAAAAUGGCAGCCGGAGAAGGAAAGUCCGGAAGUUUAGAAUGGAAGAUCAAUGUUUCUAACGGGACAACGAAGGUUCUAGAGCCCGAAAGAGGGUUAGCAGGACGAGUGUGGCAGAAAGUACAGAGUUUGAUCAUUAUGAAAGCAUGGAAAUUUCUGAUAGAUUGUUGGAAUAUAGGUGUGGCUGAGCCAACAAGAUUUACUCAUUGUCUGAAAGUUGGACUUUCUCUUACAGUUGUGUCAUUGCUCUAUUAUAUGAGACCUUUAUAUGAUGGUAUUGGAAAAAAUGCAAUGUGGGCAAUUAUGACAGUUGUGGUGGUAUCUGAAUAUACAGUAGGAUCAACUAUAUACAAAAGUAUCAACAGAGCUGUUGCAACAACUAUUGCAGGAUCAUUAGGUGUUGGGGUUCAUUGGGUAGCAAGUCACUGUGAUAGAGUAUACCAGCCUAUUAUCCUUGGAGUUUCUGUGUUCAUUUUUGCUUCAGUAGCCACGUUUACUCGUUUCAUCCCAACGGUGAAGGCUCGAUUUGAUUAUGGUGCCUUGAUUUUCAUCCUCACGUUCAGCCUAGUCUCGAUCUCAGGCUACCGGGUAGAUGAGUUGGUCAUGCUGGCUCAGCAAAGGGUAAGCACAAUUGCGAUUGGAAUAUCCCUGUGCAUCCUCGUAAGCAUGCUGUUCUGGCCUGUUUGGGCAGGAGAUAAACUUCACAAUCAAACCAUUAGCAACCUUGAAAAACUUGCCAUUUCCUUGGAAGGUUAUAUAGCUGAGUACUUCAGCACUGAGGAAGCUGCACAGAUUCCACAGGAAGUUUUGAACAAAAAGCUGCAAGGAUACAAGUGUGUGCUGAACUCAAAGACAACUGAAGAGUCUAUGGCAAACCUUGCUAUAUGGGAGCCAGCGCAUGGACGUUUCUACUUCGGCUAUCCAUGGAAGCAAUACCUAAAUAUUGGUGCCGCAACACGGAGCUGUGCUUAUUGCAUUGAUAAUUUAAACAGCUGCAUAGACUCCAAAAUGCAGGCACCUGAAUUAUUGAAGAAGCAUAUCAAUGACAAAUGCACAAGAUUAAGUUUUUACUGUUCAGAGGUGUUAAGAGAAUUAGCCACAGCAAUAAAGACAAGGAAAAGAUCAUACAAUAUUGAUUUGUCAGUUGACAAAAUGAUCUUUGAAGUAGAAGAGUUCCAAAAUGCUCUAAAAUCGCUUCCUUGUGAGUUUGUUCUUCCAUUGUCAACACCUGAAAACUCUAUUGACAAAAAUGGUGAGAAGAUAGAGAACCCAAAUCAAGCAACCCUGUUGGAGGUUUUGCCAUUAGGUAUGCUGGCAACGUUAUUGAUCGAAAUUGUAGCCAGAGUUGAAGAGGUUGUUCAAGAAGUUGAUAAACUCGCAGACAUGGCCGAGUUCAAGAUACAGAAAGAAAAAAAAUUGCAAGACAUUCAACCAAGUGAGAACAAUCAAACAAAAAACCAAGGUCAAGAAACAAUGAAGGCCAUUGAAGAGGUCUGAGCUUUUGACCUUUAGCCAUGGACCAAGAAUAUUUGCUAGUUACUUCAUGUAAAGACCAUCUGAUAUAUGUGGUGCAACGCGCGUUUUUUUCACUCUUUUGUAUGUCGAGAACAUCCGUUACACUACAACUUAUUGAUCACAAUAUAGAUUAUAGAUACAGAUGAGUUUUAUUCUUGUUCAGCUACAAUUCGUAGCUUCGUUUGAAAGUUCAUAUAAUAAGGUCACUUUGGGAGAGGUUUUGGCAAUACAGGGUUACUUUGGAAAAUACCAUAUGCAAAAGUAAGCAUGAACUUCCAUGAUUUCGUUCAUUGGCAAUUCACUUACAAGUUACAAGGUUUCAAGUAAUAGAUAUCAA